AUGAAAAUCUACAGAUUUUUGCUCUUUUCCUUUGAAUCAUUGAACGAAAUAGUAUAUAUUACCAAUAAUAGAAUUAGUCCAUAUAAUGACAUAAAAAAAUAUAAUGAAGGCAAAAACACACAACUGAGAUGGCAAAGAAGCUUAUCAGAAGGAUGGUAUUGCCCAAGUGAUCAAAUUGUAGAUGAAUUAAAUGAAACAAUAAAUGAUGUGCAACAUAAAAUUAACAGAGGUGAUAUAUGUAUUGGGACACGCGCAUAUGACGGUGAUGAAUUUAAUGAUUUGAGAAAAUUUUUUAUAGAACUAAUAGAUCAAUUAUUUUUUUCAAAUUAUAAUGAAUGUUUAGAUAUGGAAAAAAAAUUGUAUUUAAAUUCACAUAAUUUAUUGAAGGAGAUUCAUGAAAAUAUAUCAAAAGAUUUUGAGAAUAGACAUAAUUUAGCAAGAAAACAUAUAGAGACGUAUUUUUCUGAUCCAAGUUUACAUAAUCAACAAGCAUUAGAAUUAAUGACAGGAUCAGAUAUUACUUUGAAUAUUAAUGAUGAAAAUUUAAUGGUAAACACUAAAAAAAUAGAAAAAUAUUUUGCUGGGGCAAAAUUCGAGUUACAUAUUGCACAAAAGGAAGAAUAUUCGACAAUGGAGAACAACGCCUUAAUUAGUGAUAAUGAAAAAAUAUGGAAACAUCAUACGAAUAAUCUAUUAAAUAUUGAAGAACAUAUUUUAAAAUAUUUGAAUUUAGUUUUACAUAGAUUUCCUUUGAAAUACUAUCGUGAUGUAAAUACUUUUGCAGUUAUGUUUCAGGAUAAUGCAAUGAAUAUCCUUGAAGAAAAUUUGCAUAAUACAUUUUAUACGAAAUAUGUAGAACAAAUGAAAAACUCAAGUGAUAAUGUACAUAUAAAUGUUCUACCAGUUGAAUUUUUACUUUAUGAUAUGAUUGGUGUACUAAACCAUAGUAUAGAUCAUAGUGUUCAUUCAUUCUUUUUAAAACUAAAUAAGGUUUUAAAUGGAGACUUAAAAUCCUUUAUAGGCUUCUUUUUAUAUUUGUUUGACAGAGAAAAAAUGAAAAAUAACAUGAUAAUAAAAUCCUUAAGAAGUGAUAUUAAUACCAUAGGUAAGAAUGAAAUUUUAUCAAAUGCUCUUGAAUUGUUUUUAAUAGAAAAAAAUGAUAUUGACAUUUCAGAACUGAAAAUUAAAAUUUUUAUAAAAAAUAAUUUUAAAUUUAAUGGGGAUGAUAAAAAUCUUAAAUCUUUAGAAAAAAAGAUUUAUGAUAAUUUUCAAGAAAAACAGCUUAUGGAAUCAUUUUGUAUUAUUGCAUACCAAAUACUUAUUAGGAAGGUAGUAAAUGAUUACAUCAGCUUUGUGUUAUUACUUAAGAAAGCUGCUCAUAAAGAUCAACCAUUUUUUAAAAAAGUUGUAAAUGCAUUUUUAUUAAAAAAUAAUGACAGUAAUCUCAUAUUAUCGAAAAAUAAGUAUGACGAGUUAUUAAAGGAGUAUAUGACAGUUAAAGAAGAUAGUAAUUUUAAUUUUAAUAAUCCAAGUUUUAAUGAUAAAAUAAAAUCGACCUUAUCAAAUAUAAAAAUUGAAAUAAAUAAGUUUAAAAUUUUAAAUAAGUUGUUAUGUUCAUUAAAUAAUGAAAUGAUUAAAAUAAAGGAUACUUCUCGACUUACGCCGGGGGAAAAAGAGAGAAAUAAAAAAGCCAUCAUAUUUUAUAGUUAUUUAAUUAGAGAAUUAAAAGAUCAAUGGUUUUAUUAA